AUGUUUGGAGUUCUCGCACACUCUAAAGAGAAGAAGAGCAAAUCGGAUCAAGAGGAUAAUAUCGAAUAUUUGUUUGUUAUUCGAUGCGGCAUGGCCGAUUCAUCAAAUGUUUUGAAAAAUGAAACAUCCGAGCUGGAAUUGAUUGAGGAGGAUUUGGUUACAAUAGCAGCCAGUUCAGGUGGUAGCGGUAUUCAGCAGCAUCUCCCUCGUUUUAGUUCAGCGGCAAAAACUGUCAUCAAGGGUAAACAGUCUCGUCAUUUCAAAAUGCAUGCGUAA